ACAGCCCGGGCCGCGGCGCGCCCCGGCCCGGCCCAGCCCAGCCCCGUGCCGGCACCGGGCGGCCGGACAGCCGGCCCGCCCCCGAGGGCGCCGGGCGCGGCGGGAGGAUGCCGAAGCCGACGCUGCUGCUGCGCGGGGGCUGGGAGCGCGAGCGCAGCCCCGGGGACUCGGAGCUGGGCCGCCAGUUCCGGGACUGGUGCCUGCGCACCUACGGCGACUCGGCCAAAACCAAGACGGUGACACGCAGCAAAUACCAGCGGAUCGCCGAGGUCCUGCAGGGCGGCGGCGGGACCGGCGCGGGCAGCGGCCCCGCGGCCGGCGAGAAAGGCAAGUUCCAGUUCUGGGUGCGCUCCAAGGGCUUCCGCCUGGGCAGCGGCCGGGAACCCAAGAUGGGCCAAGUGGUGUAUGUGCCGGUCAAGACGGGCUCGGGGGCAGAUGGCCUGUCGGAGCCCGAGGGCGUCUCUCUGAAGCGGGUCGCUGUGGUGGAAGAUUUCUUUGACAUCAUCUACUCGAUGCAUGUGGAGAGCUCAGCGGAGCCCGGCAAAGCCCCCAAGCACGCCGGGCAGAAGAAAACCUACCGAGCGAUCGCAGAGACCUACGCCUUCCUCCCACGAGAGGCCGUGACCCGGUUCCUGAUGAGCUGCACGGAAUGUCAGAAGAGGAUGCACUUCAACUCCAACGGCCUGGAGCCCAAAGAAAACGAGCCCACCUCUCCUCUGGUCUCGGGGAUCAUCGACUACAACAUGCCCCUCACCUCCACCUACCUGAAGCAGAUGAAGUUGCGCGUGAUGAAUUCCCAGGAGCAGGAUGAGACUUCUGUGAGCAGCGAGGAUUUUGAUAUGAACGACGCCACAUGGAUGUCAGCUGACCCGCACCUGGCCUCCAGCCUGAGCCCCAGCCAGGACGAGAGGAUGAGGAGCCCGCAGAAUCUCCACAGCCAAGAGGACGACGACUCGUCCUCGGAGAGCGGCAGCGGCAAUGGGUCCUCCACCCUGAACCCCUCGGCGUCCAGCAGCACGCAGGGCGACCCCGCCUUCCCCGAGAUGAACGGCAACGGCACCGUGGCCCCCAUGGACUUCACGGCGGCCGCCGAGGACCAGCCCAUCAACCUGUGCGACAAGCUCCCGCCGUCGGCGCUCGGCACCCCCUCCUACCCCGCGGACGGCUGCGCCGACGGGCUGCGGAGCCGCGUCAAGUACGGCGUGAAGACCACCCCCGAGUCCCCCCCCUAUAGCUCGGGGAGCUACGAUUCCAUCAAGACGGAGGUCAGUGGCUGUCCAGAGGACCUGACGGUGGGCCGGGCUCCCCCUGCGGACGACGAUGACGACGACCAUGACGACCACGAGGACAAUGACAAGAUGAACGACUCGGAAGGCAUGGAUCCCGAGCGCCUCAAGGCCUUCAACAUGUUUGUGCGGCUCUUUGUGGACGAGAACCUGGACCGCAUGGUGCCCAUCUCCAAGCAGCCCAAGGAGAAGAUCCAGGCCAUCAUCGAGUCCUGCAGCCGGCAGUUCCCGGAGUUCCAGGAGCGCGCCCGCAAGCGCAUUCGCACGUACCUCAAGUCCUGCCGGCGCAUGAAGAAGAACGGCAUGGAGAUGACCAGACCCACGCCUCCCCACCUGACCUCGGCCAUGGCAGAGAACAUCCUGGCGGCUGCCUGCGAGAGCGAGACGCGGAAAGCGGCCAAAAGGAUGCGCCUGGAGAUCUACCAGUCCUCACAGGACGAGCCCAUAGCCCUGGACAAGCAGCACGCCCGGGACUCGGCGGCUGUCACCCACUCCACCUACUCACUGCCAGCCUCCGCCUAUUCCCAGGACCCCGUGUAUGCCAACGGCGGCCUCAACUACAGCUACCGCGGCUACGGGGCCCUGGGCAGCAACCUGCAGCCCUCCGCCUCCCUCCAAACAGGAAAUCACAGUAACGGGCCCACGGACCUCAGCAUGAAAGGCGGGGCCUCCACGGCGUCCACCACUCCCACGCCCACGCCCUCCGGCAACAGCACCAGCAGGACGAUGCCCAGCGCCCAGCUCAGCCCCACGGAGAUCAGCGCGGUGCGGCAGCUCAUCGCUGGCUACCGAGAGUCGGCCGCCUUCCUGCUGCGCUCCGCAGACGAACUGGAGAACCUCAUUUUACAACAGAACUGACCCCCCCGGCGCCUGGAGCGCACGACCCUCGGGAAGGAGGCUGUCCUGGCCCCGGUCCCUGCCUCGCCAGUGGGUACAUUGUUUUCUGAAAGAGGUGGGAUCCACACGCUGUUUCUCGCCACACUCCAAGCACCUGAAACUUUGGGCACAAGGACACUUUUUUUUUUUUUUUUUUAAUCUCGCCACACGGGUGCUUCGAUCCUGCUUGGAAGAGGUGGAUGGGGCAGCUUUGGAAGGGCUGGAGUGCCCCCCCGAGCAGCCGCCGGGGCCACAGCUCUCUGUAGAAUCAUCUUCGUGGACCCCGAUGUUAGACUCCCACCCCCCGAUAAUUAUCUUUCAAGUCUUAGGUGAGCAGAAUCGCAUAUUUAUUGAGAAAAACAAAGUGGACCCUUUCUUCCUCGCCCUUUAGUAAUUUAUUUUUCUGAAAAUGGAUUCUUUUGUGUUUGUACAGAUUGCCAGUCUGUGUCUGUCUGAUCAGAAGGAUGUGUCCCUGUGACCUAACAUUCCAUAUCACUACACUGGCGGGGCCUCGGGGCGGGCGGGGCGGGCACAUGCCAGGCUGGCCGGCGCCCCCUCCAAGUGCCCAGCACCACCCAGCAGCAGGACCCUCCCACACCCACUGCAAAGCAGAGAAACAGAAAUGGUCCCCCCGCCCCCCCAGAUGCCCCAGUCCCACGGUCAGCUGUAUUCUACCUCACACUCCAGCGUGGGCUUUUUCCAGGAGGUGCCCCGAGCCUAUUCUGGGUGGCUGCCUGGGAGGUUAGUCGAGAGAGGGGCCCUGACCCUCCCCACAGCCACCUGUGCCCCCCCCGCCCGCCCCCAGCUCGCCCAGUGACUCCCUGGGACAGAGUGCAGGGAGCCCCUGUCCCAGGGAGCCAGAGGGGUGUGCUCCGUCCGGGCCAGGCCCUCCAGCACCUUUUGCGAGCCCCCAGCUGUUGGGCAGCCGCUGGAUAGGAAGGAAGAUGUGAGGCCUAGGGGGAUGGCAGCCCCCCGGCCCUGUGCUCCGCCCACAGGGCGUCCAAAGGAGUGGAGAAGCCACUUGGGAUGCCCUCGGGCCAGGCCUUCUCCCCGAGGGACCAGUCCUGGAACAAACCCUUCUCUCUGGAGUGUGAAUGCGGCAGGCAGGAAGAAAGAGCUGGCUCGGUCCCCUCCGCCCCGACAGGCACUUCCUCUUGCUCAGUGCAAUACCUACCAGUGCUGCUAAAACCAGGGACUCGCCCAGACCUCAGAGGCCCCCGGGGCCUCCCCAUGGAACACUCCGUAGCCAUGGCGGCAGCACCGCUGCCGCCCGCCCCUGCCCCGAGCAGGCAGAAGCCCUGUUGUUGCCUUUCCUCCCUCAGUGCAAGGAGGCCCCCCGGGGAGCCAGGGCCACGUGGACCCCAGGCCAGCCACUGAGAGCCAGUCAGCCCCAGAGCAGGCAACCCCGCCCCCCACCCAGCUCCUCUCUGUCUCUUCUGCCACCCACCGGAGGGGGGCCCUCGUACGGCCGCCCCACACCGCCUCUGAUCCCCGGUGGAGCUGGGGGCUCCAGAGCCAGAAGGGCAAGGGAGGAUGCCUGCCCAGUGCUCGCUUCCGGGCGGAGUCUGGGGUGGCCUUCUCUCCUCUCCAGUGGCCUCUGACACCCCACCCAGCCACACCGCCUCUUGCCUUCCACCGGCCCCCACCCCGCAGGCCUCCAGCAGGGCCAGGACCCCCUUCCCCCUCGCACAGCACAAACCCCAGCGCCCAAGGCUCUGCCACGCCCAGCCAUGCUCUCGCCCAGCCCUCACCUGCUCAGCACUGAUCCCGGAUGUUUGAAUUUGUGUAAAUAUUUAUUUUUGUGUGUGAACAAUACUACAAAGCGAUCAGUCGAUCUUUUGCAAAAUGUUACCCCAGGCAAUUUGUGAAAAUCUUAAUGUUUUAAAAACUGGCAGAGACAAUCGCCGCCUUAGUCGUCUUGAUCUCAAUUGCUCAACAUGUCAUUUUUCUCCCUCCCGGAGGCUGGACCCACGCCAGGCCCAAGCAGUUCAUGUUUCUUAGCAGACAGGAGUCAGGAAGACUGGGGAAGGGGCUCCCGCCACCGCCACCACCCCACGAGGGAUUGGAUCUAAAGAUCAGUCUUGCGCUACCGUUUGAAGUCGAUUUUUUGUGUUUUUUUUUUUACCUGAGUUCAAGCCGUCCUAAAAGGCCCCCGUCGGCGCUGCGCUCGGUGUAGUCGCAUCAGUGUGUUUCCAAGAGAAAGGAAAGACAGAGUGCUGACAUUCUUUGGGGCUCCCAGCCGCCCCUCCGGGACAGCCGAUUCAGGCACGCUGACGCCCCCCUCUUGCGGUGGGGCUCCUUUCCCGCUACCCAGUGCAGCUCUGCGAAGGGCAGAAUCAGGAGCACAUUACUGUGUGGAAACAGGACACCCCCCCCCCCCCCAUUAGCUAGUUCAGUCAGGGAACUUGUUCUGUUUUGCUUUUGCUUGAAAACAUGCAGCUUGCACCCUUCUCGCACAUCCUGACCCGGAGAGUAGCACCCACGAUCUGUUCUGCUGAACCCGGCUUCCCUCCCCUAAUCGCCUCCCCACCCCCCAGCCCGGCCAUCUCCGGAGCCUCUCUCCCUCGGCCAACUGUGCACGGAGGCCCUUGGGGCAUAAGCGUCCAGGACCCUAAGUUAGAGACUGAGUACUUGGCAGGGGGCUGAGCCAACUUAGAGAGGGAUCUAAGUCUCUGUGUGGGUCUUCUCAAAUCCAUCACCACGCCUACAAAGGGACCAUUUAUACCCACGGACAGUGUUGAGGGCAGGCAGGCAGGCAGGGAUCAGGACGGGUGACCGGGACUUGCAAACAGGUGGAGCCCAGGCCACCCUAUUCCCCAGGGCCACUCCAGGGGCCGCCAUGGGAUUAACUACCAGUUCAUUCUCAAAAUGCUGCUUUGAACUCAGAGGGUUGAUACUUUUAAUUUGUAAUUUUUUGUAAAACUUUUUACAAGAUAGUAAAGUAUUUCAUCAGAAUACCGGUUUCAAUCCGUCCAUGGUCUGAUUUUUAUAUAAUUUAGUGGUGCUUUAGAGACUUUGUUUUUGUUGUUUCUGAGCUAAACAGCUCAACCCUUUUCCACCUGUAUCUACCUAAGACCAAUGUGAACCUUUGUAUUUUUGCUCCUAAUUUUGGACUCAGUGAAAGUGUACUGUUUACAUGUACAGAUGCCCCCGUCCCCUGUGUGUCCCGCAAGACUCUCGAGGAGGAAGGCGCACCUCACUAAGCUCCUCUGCUUAGCAAAGCCACAAAACAAAAACCUCUCACUUUUUACCUAUGUUUCCACCUAAAAAACAAAACAAAACAAAAAACAAAAACAAAAUAACCCUCACCACAGAGAAUUCAGAUUUGCCGAACACUCUUGUAAGCUCCGCACAGCUGCGGUCCCCAGAGGAGCCGGCCACCGGCACGGACACAAGCGGUCGAUGCCGACUUGGCUGCAGAGCUGAGGGAUGGCGAGGGGGCAGACCUCCCCGCAGCCCGGCAAUGGGGAGGAUGAGAUGACCCCCAAGACCUUCAGGGGUCAGACCCACCCAUGAUUCGGGGACACGGAGAGUGCCGGUGUCCCGAGAGCCGAGACUGGGCAGUGCAGAGGGCACGGCUCCUGGGGUGGGGUAGAGGGCUGCAGACGGUGAGCAUAUGGCACUUACAGCAAACAGGGGAUGGCACCCACUUUCAAAGGUGAAUCUUUAUUACCGAAUCAAUGGCUUCACCUCUAAAGGGUAGUUUUACAGACAUGCACCUAUGCAACUUCACGUGGCUCUUCUAAGCAGGCGAGGACUUCCUCCUCAACGCUCUAUAAAAAUUUGUGUUCUAUAUAGUGAGUUUUUCCAGUAAAUGUGGCUUAAUAUUUUAAUUCUUAGAAUGUGUCUUCUCUAUGUGAUGCAACUAAAUUCUGUUUUGUUUGUGGAAUGACUAGCACAGGCCAACUCCCUCUCCCCCUCACUUAACAAAAGACCAAUGAGCUGUUGAUCGAGCUGUUUAUCUCCAUGGUAUUACUUGCUAAAUGCACUGAUUUCAUAAGUAUGUGGAAUCCUUUUUCUUUUGAAUCUGUAUAUCAUAUAUAAGACUGAAUCUACUUAAUAAACACUGAAUAACAAACCAA